UCUACAGCUUGGGAAAGCAGAGUGGCUGCUCUUAUUCACGAAAUGGAAAAGUGUGAGUUUCCGCUUACAUCAAAGGAGAUUAAACAAUUAAUAUGUGCUUAUAUACAAAGGAACGGACUCAUAACUCGUUUCAAAGAUGAUUACCCUGGCAAAGAAUGGUUUCGGGGUUUUAAAAGGCGACACAGAUUAAGUGUCAAAAAACCACAGUCCGUAGAGGUUGCCAGGAAAAAAGCCUGCAAUCCUUUCACUGUUAACAAUUAUUUUGAUUUGUUGGAGCGCAUAACGAAGGAACUGGAACUAGAAGACAAACCCCAACAUAUAUAUAACUUAGAUGAGACCAGCUUCUGCAACGACCCCACCAAGACUAAAGUUGUUGGCCUGAAGGGGUACCCUUCUACUAGAACAACUGCGUUCCCUGGAAGGAAUAACACCACUGUACUGUUAGCUUCAAAUGCGCUCGGUAAAAAGAUCCCUCCCUUGAUAGUAUUUCAGGGGAAACAACUAGGGUCGAAUUGCUUUUUCGAAAACGAAAAUGUUAAUACAGCGUAUGUUGGAAGCCGUAAGGGGUGGAUGGAAACCAAAAUAUUCGAAAAUUAUAUCGCAAAGGUUUUCAUACCAGCAAUUGGACCGGAAAGGCCAGUCUUAUUAAUAUUUGAUGGCCAUUCAACACAUGUAGACUUGAGUGUUAUAGAACUUCUAAUGGCCAACCAGAUAACAGUUCUUAAACUGCCGGCUCACUCAUCCCAUAUUCUGCAACCAUUAGACUGCAGCACAAUGAAACCUAUGAAAGACAACUGGGACAGUGAAUUGGUAAAAUGGCAAAGACUCCAUGUGGGUGCAAAGCUUCCAAAACCAGAAUUUGCCAGGAUCAUAACUAAGAUAUGGAAUGAUUUGAACCCAGUUAUCAUUCAAAAUGGCUUUAGAAAAUCUGGUAUAUAUCCGUUGAAUCGUGAUACAAUUCCAAAAGAAAAGUUUGACAAGCUUUCAUGGUCAAAAUGGGAAGAACAUAUUCGCCAACAAAAUGAACAGUCUCAUAGCGUUGCCAAUAAUAAUGCUGAAGAAGGAAGGAAGGUAGAAAAUGGCACUCAGGAAGAUAAAAGUCAGGACAGAAAUGAAGUUCCAACACUCACGAGUAUGUGCACGAGCAUGUGGCUUGAGAUCCUUAAUCGUGGGAAGAAAGAAAUAGAUCUACCCAAACGCGUGAAAGACCCUAAAACGUUUUUAAUUUCACUUUCUAAAAAUACCAAUUCCAAUAUUACCAACAGUGGCUCUGGUAACGUCAAAAUAUUGAGCAAUAUCGAACUCACUUCAACUAGCUAUCAAAAACAGAAAGAUGAACAUGUUUCAUUUGAAGAACUUCUUUUGGAGACCAUUUCACGUAGUGACAUACCUAAAACUUCAAGAAAACGCGUUAGUCAAGAAGCAGAGAUAUUAACUUACAAAGAAGCUAUUGAUCGUAUGAAAAAAAAGAAAGAUGAAAAAGAAAAGGCGGAAGAAAUUAAAAGACUCAAUAAACUUAAAAGAGUAAACAACAAAAAGAAAAACGAGAAAAAGAAACAGAAAAAGUUGAUUGACAAAAAAAGCAAAUCUAAAAAAAGAAAGAAUUUGGAAUCGGACAGUGAAAGCGAUUGUUCAUACACACCGAUGGAUGAUUCUGAUGAUGAAGAUUUAGCUGCCUUUGCUCAAAGAUUGUUGUGUGAUGAGAGCUUUGACGAAGAUUUGCAAGAGCCAUUACUAUCAACUACUAACGAAAAUUUAGAGAAGAAACCUAAACUAAAAAGCGAAAGAGUAAAUAAAAGACGAAAACAAAUAUCCGGAGAAAAGGAUGUCAAUAUAAACAAGGAAGUGAAUUUUACCAAAAAACUAUCUACUUUGGAAGAUGCUUGUGAAGAAGAAUUGCAAGAACCGCUACAAUCUACAUCGAAAGAAGAAGAGAAAGAUACACGUAAAAUGAAAAAAGAAAGAGUGAACAAAAGAACUAAUAACAAUAGGAUGGUGGAAUCAUUAAAAGGGAAGGAAGUAAGUAUAUUUAAGUUAUAUACACAAUAA